CAGAUCAUUCUUGUUCCAAGUGUCCGCAGUUCAACAUGGCAGCGGUGGAUGUCAUCGUGGACAACUUUGCGGCACUGUGGAGUAAACCGUUUAAUCGUGUUAUAUUGGCUCAGAUCUUUUUUGCUAUUUCAAUAGUGGGAUCCUUUGUAAAUUGGACACAGCUCGUUCCGGAGACAUAUUUCAGCAACAGAAGAAAUGUUGUCAAUAUGUAUUUUGUCAAAGUUUCCUGGGGCUGGUCCUUGCUGCUGUUGACCCCGUUCAUCCUCUUCACGUCAUACAAGAACUUGACCUUUGCCCUCCGGCGACUGAGCUCAUUGGUGGUGGCCACAGCUGUUUGGUACACCAUCACCAAGUUUUUUUCCUACAUCAACAAUGCCACAGGUACCUGUCACGUUCCUGAAUCUGAAGCCAUGGAUCAAGUCCCUCAUGAUGACAUCACCUCAUGCAGGAAUGCUGGGGGUCAAUGGGACGGCAUUGCCAUCUCAGGACACUCGUUCAUUCUGUCGUACUCUGCACUCGUCAUUGCCGAAGAAAUGGCACCUAUGGUGCACAUGGUGAAGAAGAACAGGAAUACUGUUUUGGAUUUGUUAUAUGUUUCCCUUAAUUGGAUAGUAAUCAUCUGGAUAUGGAUGUUUGUGUGUACCUCGGUGUACUUUCAUUCUUUCCCUGAGAAGCUUCUCGGGACAGUUUUGGGGAUUGUGCCAUGGUUUGUCACAUAUCGGAUAUGGUAUUCAAUGCCCUUCUCUCCUGGUCUCCCAUAUCAGCCAAAAGAGCAGAGACAACUAGCUUAAAACCAGCACUACUUAACACUAGGCUAGACCUUCUACUCUCCUACUGUAUUGUGCCACCUUCAAAACACUCACGUUAAAAACAUUGACAUUCUUCUCACGUUCCAAGUUGACUGUUGCCAUUGAAAGUUUUUUUUCUUUCCUUCAGAAAGGUCAUUGGACAGGGGACCAGGGUUGGUUUGCACACGCGGGUCUCGACUCCCUGUGUGGCUGUAGCUGGUGUUCUUAAAAUGACACUGAUGUCAUCCGAGAUCAGUGCAGUGCAUGGCGUUAGUGCCAAGGCCUAUCCACUAGCUAGUCGUCCCCAGGGUUGGGGUCAAUUUAAUUUCAUUUUAAACUGACUUUUUUUUAAGAAAAAGGUGUGCACCCCAACCUAAAGAAAAAUAAAUUCACCACAACUCUAGGGUCGUGUUAUUUUUUUGUAUACUUCAUCUUUUAAAAGCCAAUGUUGUUGUGAAAGCUUUUGCUGUAUGUGCAUGUAGGGUUGGAGAGUGUCAUUUUAGUGUUAGUUCAUUUUCAGUUUGUUUCAAUUCUCAUUAUUUUAUUUGUGUGGAAAUGUAUAUUGGAGAGAAAUAUAUAAAGUAAUCAAUUUUAGUGGCAAAUGUAGUGGGGAACACUUGAGAAUGUUUACAAUUAAAUAUAAUUUUUUUGUGCUUUGCCAACUCAUUUUAUUGUAACACAACCCUCCAAAUAGAAAUGAGAUCAGUUCUUAUGUGGUUGUCCCACCUAGCUAUCUUAAGAUUAAUGCAGUAACUGUAAGUCGCUCUGGAUAAGAUGCUAUCCUAACUUUUUUUUUAAAAUUUUUAUUUUUAUACAAAUCAUUAAGGACAACAUGCAAUUAUUUCCAGAACCAAAAGAUUCUAAUCAUAUUAUGGCUACUACUAGCUGUAGGCCUAUCUGUUUAUUCUCAGCACUACCAAGGGAAUAUUCAGCAUGAUGUGCAAGUAAAAUAAAAUAGAUUUUUAGUAGGUUGCCUGACAAUGCAUUAUAACACUUCAUAACCAGGAGAAUUGUGUCUGUUUUGCUUGGCAUUGCGAAAAAGCCAUAUAGUACAAAAUAAGAGAAAAUGCAUUACAUUCAAUCAUGUUGAAAUAACAAUUCUGUAAACUGCAAGUUACGUUUUUCAUUUUCAGAAUUUAUUUUUCCUUGACAACUGAAUAAAUUAAGGCUUAUGAACA